CCAUGAUGAAUCCUCGUAACACAAAACGACGACAAAAAAAAUAAAAAUAAUUAAAUUAGGAAUUACAACUCUUAUCAUAUCAACACCAUAAUAGAAAGAUAAAUUCAUUUCUCCUUCUCCAAAAAACAGAGCAUUCAAAAAUGGCUACUCUGUUUUCAAACCAACUUUCUCUCUCUAAAAAAACCCUCUAUUUCUCUCUCUUCAUCUCCAUUUUCUUCACCUUUUCCUACUCUGAUGAUUUCUCAGCUCUUUUAGCCUUCAAAUCCGAAUCCGAUACGUCGAAUUCACUCACUUCAUGGUCUAAAAAUGUCCCCUGCUCUUCAUGGUUAGGUGUAAAGUGUCACCCUGUUACUCAUCGAGUCGUAAAAAUCGUGCUCAAUAACCUUAAUCUUACUGGUUCAUUUCAUACAUUGAUUCAUCUUACGCAAAUCCGUCAUAUAAGUUUGCAUCACAAUGCACUUUCUUCGAUUCCAAUUCUCGAUUCCUGGCCUAAUCUGAAGCAUCUAUAUCUAUCUCACAACAAGUUUUCGGGUGAAUUUCCAUCGGGAAUCUACCGGUUGAAGCGACUCAGAAGACUUGACUUGUCGUAUAAUGAGUUCUCCGGUGAGAUUCCGGUGAAGGAGUUGCUUCAGUUGCCACAUUUGAUGACUUUGAAUCUCGAGUUCAACUCUCUUAGCGGAACACUUGGUGCUGACGUAACAACGGGUGGUGUUGCUGCUUCGUUGAAGGAAUUCAAUGUCUCCGGUAACAACUUUUCCGGGAAAAUACCGAAUUGGUUGUCAAAAUUUCCCGCGGCAGCUUUUACAGGAAACGUUCGCCUUUGUGGAUAUCCAUUACGAACUAUUUGCCCGAGCGAAUCAGUGAAUAGUGAUCCAACAGUAAUGAGUACUCCGAACUCGCAAUUCAGCUUUUCCAAUCAAAGGAAGAAGAAUUUGAGUGAAAACAUGUUCCUUAUGAUAGUAACAGUCGAUGCAGUUGGCGUUAUGAUGACCGUUCUAGUAAUAACGUGGUGUUGUUAUUACAGAAAGAAGAAUCAGGAAAAAGGUAGAACUUAUUUAAAGAACAAGAGUACAAUGUAUAAUCAGGACACGAGUAGUUCAAGUCUGUAUCACUCAUUUGAAUACGGUAUCAAGAAAACAAGCGAUCAAUUCGCGACAAUGGUAUGUUUCGAAGGGUGCAAAGGUUUCAAUAGAGUUGAUGAUUUGUUGAAGGCCUCAGCUGAGAUGUUGGGAAAAGGAAGUGUUGGUACAAGUUAUAAAGUGGCUAUUUUGGACAAUGGAGAUGUUGUUGUGGUUAAAAGAGUAAUAGAAAAGUUGAAGAAGUUGAAAGAUGUUGAUGGAUUUUUGAGAUUGAUUGGUAAUUUGAGACAUACAAAUGUUGUGUCACUUAGAGCUUAUUAUUCAUCUAAAGAGGAAUUGCUCCUUGUCUAUGAUUUUCUACCAAAUGGAAGUCUACACAAUCUCUUACAUGGUAAUCGUGGACCGGGAAGAACGCCAUUGGAUUGGACAAGAAGGCUAAAAUAUGCAUUAGGAGCAGCAAAAGGACUUAGUUUUUUGCAUAGCUACAACAAAACCAAGAUUUGUCAUGGGAAUUUAACAUCAUCAAACAUACUAAUUGAUCAUUAUGGCAAUGCUUGUAUCUCUGAUAUAGGCCUUCAUUUGCUCUUACAAGUACCAAUUUCAUCAAACAAUGGGUACAAAGCACCCGAAUUAUCGACUCAAAACAGCGUAAACACGAGCCAGAAUUCAAGAAAAUGCUCUCAGAAGUGUGAUGUUUAUAGCUUUGGAGUGGUUUUGUUAGAGAUUUUGACAGGGAAAAUUGCAACAAGUGAAGGGGAAACAAGUUUGGCAAAAUGGGUACAAAGAGUUGUGAACAAAGAAUGGACUUGGGAUGUGUUUGAUUUUGAACUUGCAAGGCAUAAAGAAAAGGAAGAUGAAAUGGUUGCACUUUUAAAAGUGGCUAUGGCUUGUUUGGUUGAAUCACCAAAAGAUAGGCCAAAGAUGAUUGUGGUUGAGAAAAUGAUUGAAGAUAUCGCGAAAAAAGCGAACAGAUAGAGGGACAGAUUCAUUAUCCUGUAAGUUUUGAAUCAUACGUUACUGGUCCUCAGAACUUUUCUCGAUAUACGUUACUGGUCCAUAGAACUUUUUUCGAUACGUUACUGGUCCUCAGAACUUUUCUCGAUAUACGUUUCUGAUCCUCAGAACUUUUUUCGAUAUACGUUACUGGUCCACAGAACUUUUUUCAAUACGUUACUGGUCCUCAGAACUUUUCUCGAUAUACGUUACUGGUCCUCAGAACUUUUCUCGAUUGUUGAUUACUACUAAUUGUUCUCCUUGUACUCAUUUGAAUUUGAUUCUUGGUAGUUAAAAUGAUUUUUAUGUAUAUAUAUAGUAGAUGUUGAACCCCUUUCGGCUAGUUCGUGUAUGCACUUUUGAACCCCUUUCGGCUAGUUCGUGUAUAUAUACACGGUUAAAAUGAUUUUUAUGUAUAUAUAUAAUUGAUGUUGAACCCCUUUCGGCUA